CUAACUUGACGCACUGACCAGAGUCAGUCCUGUAAAACUUCACCGACAUCAGCGCUUCUCUGGUCGGUGUGUUCUCUCUGCCUCUUCUUAGCAAUGGAGCGGAAAGUUGCUCGGGAUUUUCGGCAUAAGGUGGAGCUGCUGAUUGAAAAUGAGGCAGAGAAGGAUUACCUUUACGAUGUUCUCCGGAUGUAUCACCAGUCAAUGAAUUUGCCGGUACUGGUGGGAGACCUGAAGCUGGUUAUCAACGAACCAAAACGGCUUCCUCUGUUUGAUACUAUCCGACCUCUGAUCCCACUUAAACAUCAAGUCGAGUAUGACCAGCUCACGCCCAAGAGGUCACGGAAACUUAAAGAGGUGCGCUUGGAUCGAUCACACCGUGAUGGACUGGGGCUCAGUGUUCGAGGAGGACUAGAGUUUGGCUCUGGACUCUACAUUUCGCAGAUUGUCAAAGAUGGACAAGCUUACAAUGUUGGCCUUCAGGUGGGUGACGAGAUCGUGCGAAUCAAUGGAUACUCCAUCUCCUCCUGCAUCCACGAGGAAGUCAUCAGCCUCAUCAAGACGAAAAAGAUUGUGUCACUCAAAGUUCGCCACGUGGGAAUGAUCCCAGUCAAAAGCUCAUCCAAUGAACCCCUCAAGUGGCAGUUUGUGGACCAGUUUGUGUCUGAAUCAGGGGAGAAGAGAAGCAGUGUGGCCGGCUUGGCGUCUAUUGGUGGGAAGGAGAUCAAGGAGAAGAAGGUUUUCCUCAGUCUUGUGGGUACUAAGGGUAUGGGCAUCAGCAUCUCCAGUGGUCCAACCCAGAAACCUGGUAUUUACAUCAGUAACGUCAAGCCAGGCUCCCUCUCCGCAGAAGUUGGACUUGAGGUUGGAGACCAGAUUGUGGAGGUGAACGGAGAGGAUUUCACCACUGUGGACCACAAAGAGGCUGUGAAAGUCCUGAAGAGCAGCAGGAGUCUGACUAUUACAGUUUUGACAGGAACUGGAAAGGAGCUGUUUAUGACAGAUGAGGAGCGCCUUGGAGCUGAGGCCCGCCGGGAGCUGGAGAGGCAGGAGCUGAUGCAUCAGAAGAAGGUUGCAAUGGAGACCAACAAAAUCAUUAAAGAGCAGCAGGAGAAGGAGAGACAGAGGAAGAUGGAGAUCUCCCAGAAAUUAGCAGAGGAGGAGGAGCGCUAUAAGAGCGAGAUGGAAAAGAUUGAAGCUGCAGAAAAGAAACACAACAGAGAAUGGGAGGAGGACUGGGGAUCUGAAGACAGACCAAAGAGUCCCCGUUCUCCAAAGAACUCUCCACAUGUCCCACCUGAGAUGAAAACCACCCAAACAUUUGGCUGGUUUUAUCGAUAUGAGGGGAAGCUGCCUUCACUGCGCAAGAAGAAGAAGAAAAAGAAAGUGUCCAACACAGACACACUGCAGGAGCAGAGAAAGAACAAGAAGGAGAUGGAGUUUGAGUUGAAACUUGCCAAAGAAAAAGAAGGAAUGCAAGAACGAGAGAAGCAACUAAAGAUCAAUCGGCUGGUUCAGGAGGUUUCAGAGACUGAAAGGGAAGACCUGGAUGAGUCUGAAAAAGUGCAGCACUGGGUGGAGCGUCUGUGUCAGACCCGGCUGGAGCAGAUCUCUUGUGUGGAGAAUGAGUCCCCAGAGCUCUCCCCACCAUAUUCUCCUGCCUCUGAGCCAAGGGUGAAGCAUUUCCCUGGGGGUUUCAACUUGGCAACCACUGAUCUUGAUGACAUAGACCUAGAUAAGGUGGAUCAGAGCCUGAGGGGACCUCUUAAAAAACUAGUCCCGAUUCAGCCCACCACAAACAAGCCUCCACCUCCCUUGCCUCGCCCCCCACCUUCGCCCAAACUGAACCCAACAAUCCCUAGCUACUCCCCCCCUUUACCUCGAGUAUCUCCACAGCGCCGGGCUCCUUCUUCACCCAGUGGUAGGAAGCCUCCAUCUUCUCCAUCAACUUUGACAAACAGGGGGCGCAGGCCUCAUUCUCAGCCUACACAACCACGUCACCCACCUUCCUUUAACUACCCUUCUCAGUCACAGACGUCCAGGCCGCCAUCGUCCCCUCAGCCCACGCCCCACCCACAUCCUCCACCUCCCCCUCCUCCGCCUCCACCACCUCCCCCCCCUCCCCCUCCUCCCCCACAGCACUUUGAAGAAAGUGGUUACCGUCACUACCACAACCACCACCUCCAACAACCUUCCAGCCCUCCUAAACACAGGAGCGAGUGGGAAACGGGUGGUUACCUCCCCAGAGGCGGGAUUUAUUCAUCCAGCACCAGUGAAAUUUCCCACCCUUCAAGUCCAAAGGUGAUGAGAAACACCUCCCAUGUCAGUCAUAUUUCCAGUUCAAGCAGUCAGCUGCAGCUGGCUCCUAGUCCCCCUAACCAGAGGCGUCAGAUGGCCCCCGUCAUGUCAAAGCCCGUCAUGCUGCCGCAGUCGCAGGCUGGCCGACCAGAUCCCCACAGACCUGCUGUCCGUUCUGAUGGCCUGCCUCCAGAAAUGCUAAAACGGAUGGUGCCUUUCAACUCGUCUUUCAAAUCAAGCAACAAACAAGGAUUUCAGAAAUAUGAGGAUGACUUUGAUCCUUACUCCAUGUUUUCCUCAGACCAGAUAGACGGCCGAGAUGUGAGAUUGCUGAGAAUCAAAAAGGCUGGACAACUUGACGUGGCUCUGGAAGGUGGAGCUGACUCUCCUCUUGGAAAGUUGGUGGUAUCUUCUGUUUAUGAAGGUGGUGCAGCCGAUAAGCACGGAGGGGUUGUUCCUGGUGAUGAACUUAUGGCUGUUAAUGGGAAGAUCCUGAUUGAUGCCACUUUGGCCGAGGGACAAAACUCUCUGGGUCGGGCCUGGAAUAAUGGAGGGGAUUGGAUCGAUGUUGUGAUUGCUGUGUCCCCUCCAAAAGAUUAUGAAGAUGAAGUGUAA